CUUAUUGAUGCUGCUUUUGCAUUAUGUUUAUAAAUUGGGUAAUGGCAUGAAACUAAGUGUAUAGGUUAAUCUAAAAUGCAUGUUUUUCUUUGCAGCUAAAGUAAAUGGUUACUGAACUCUUCUGGCAUGCUCAACAUUUUUAAUUUGUGUCUGUCUUACUAUGUUACAUUGUUCUUUAAAUGUCUCUACUACUGAAUCUCUUACGGCAAUUGCUGGAAUAUUAUGGUGUGGUCCCAGAACUGCUCUUGCAAAGGUGUAAAUUGUGUCUUAAUGGCCUUGUAUGUAUGAUUGGAUCUCAUCUUUCUUCGAAUACCUUUUCAAGAACAUGCUUCCAAGAAUUAUUGAUCAUUUCCAGGAAUUGUUUGAUAUCCUGGGUUUCAGAAGGAAAACGAUAUGGACCUACCCGAAGUUUUGUUCGUAGAUUGGGAGUGUGUCUUUCAUUAGUUCCUUUUUCAAGACCUCACUUUCAGUUGGUCCAACAAAGUCUGAAACCUUUAGAUGAACAAAACAGCACGGUUAAUUCUGUUCAACCAUCUCUUGCCGAUGCUGUGUGGAUGGUAGAUGAUGACAGAAAUCCAUGCACUAAAUUCAGAUUUGAGGAGUGGAGGGGGUUUGUGACUCCAUCUAUACUUCCUGCACCAAUUUCUUCAAAAGAAAGAAGUGAAAAAACAACCAUUGUGGAUGAAGAUGCAUUCCAAAAAAUUUACGUUCUUGAAAAUGAAUUAGCACAUCUUCGUAGACAGAUUGCUGCAAUUUUGGCAGUGGAUAAGGCAGUAAAUGAUCAGUCCUGUUCAGAUACUGGGACUUCAUCAAACACUUCUAAUGGUUUCUCACAGCCAGGAAUGCUUUCUACAUCAGCUCCUACUUCUCUUUGUAACAUAGGCAUACCUCCACCUCCACCACUGCCACCUUCAUUUGUAUUAAAAUCUGAUUUUGGUUCCUGUAAUUCAGCAGUUGAGCUUAUUAAACAACGUCGGGCUAUAAAGACUGAAAAGAUUAAAGAUAAUGCUGAAUGGCAGAAGGUUAAAAUUAUUCCUGAUAUGAUGGAUGUUCUCAAGGAUAUAAAUAAUGUCAAACUCAGAGCUAUUGAGAAAUCACCUGGAGGUACACCUCUACCCAAAAGAAAGAAAAUAAAACAAUCUCAGUGGGAUCCAGCAGCUUUAAUAGCAGAAGCUCUUAAGGAGAAAUUUGCAUCUCAAAGCAGUUGUGAUGAUUCGUUUGAUAAAGAGAACAGUUCUUAUGGUGCUUCGCCAUUUUCUAGUCCAGAUACCCCACUGGUUGGCUGUCGCAUUUUGAAGCCAAGCAUGAAGCAGAAACUUAACCGAGCUGAGAAACUAAUAAAUGUAUCAUCUUCAAAAGCAAAAGUUCAUAUGUAGCCAUGAUGUUGAUCUUGUGGGAAAAAGUUGUACCAGCUGUGACUGUUAGGACUACUUUUCUUUGAUUGCAUAGAUUUAGUAUGUACAAGGACUUAUAAAUCUAAUUGUUCUGAAUUAAGUGUUUUAGCGCUCAAGAUUGUUGACAUGGAAUUUUCUUUUGCUGAAUAUUUUAUCAGCUAUACAUUUCCACAGUUUUUUAUAUCAGUUUUAUGACAUUGGCUGCAAAAUGUUAGAUGAGUAAAUGUGUAAAAAGAUAGCAAUAUGGAAACUAAAUAUAAAUAGAGGGAAAAGUUACAUUUUCACCUAGUUUAAACAGAAAUACUAUAUUGUUCAUAAUUGGGACCAUCCUAAAAAGAAUGCCAUUAUUUCCUUGAUUUAUGGGAACAAUCUUUUUAAGUUUUCAUAACUGAUGCUAGUAGCAUUUGCUUCCUCUUGUGUACAGGAUGUGAACUCUGAGAAUAUAGUGGAAGAUUACGAAGAAACAGUGGGAACUAUGUUGAUA